AUGCUUAGUUAUAACCCAAAAAGAACCAAAUUUCGUAAACAACAUCGAGGAAGACUAAAAGGAAUAUCCUCUCGUGGGAAUCGUAUUUGUUUUGGCAGAUAUGCUCUUCAAACACUUGAACCCGCUUGGAUUACAUCUAGACAAAUAGAAGCAGGGCGACGAGCAAUGACACGAAAUAUACGACGUGGUGGAAAAAUUUGGGUACGUAUAUUUCCAGACAAGCCAGUUACAGUAAGACCCGCGGAAACGCGUAUGGGUUCUGGGAAAGGAUCCCCAGAGUACUGGGUAGCUGUGGUUAAACCAGGUAAAAUCCUUUAUGAAAUGGGUGGUGUACCAGAAAAUAUAGCCAGAAAAGCUAUUUCAAUCGCGGCAUCAAAAAUGCCUAUAAAAACCCAAUUCAUUAUUUCUGAAUAG